GCUAAUGAGACGAACGGAGACACAAAUCGAGGGGGACUCGGUGUUUACACUUCCUAUGAGUUCUUUUGACAGCGAGUGUAACGGUAUAGCGAGCAAAACAAGCCGACACUACACAGCAGAGGACUGUGAUCAAGACAGCAGGAGGACACAAAGCAUGCACUCUGGAUGGUCCAUCUGUUGUCUGACAGCUGAGCACACUGUACAUGACUGAGAUCUGAAGGCAGGCGAGGAUUGAGUGAAACAUUGUCAUCAAUCCCACAACACAUCCAUCCAUGUGUAUCAUUUUCUUCAAGUUUGACCCACGGCCUGCGUCCAAAAAUGCCUACAGGCUAAUUUUGGCUGCAAACCGAGAUGAGUUCUACAGCAGGCCGUCCAAAGCUGCAGACUUCUGGGAGAGCAACACUGAGAUCCUCAGCGGCCUGGACCUUGAAUGUGGAAGGGAGGGAGGAACAUGGCUGGGGAUCAACAAGCGGGGCAAGCUGGCUGCAAUCACCAACUACAUGGAAGGGUGUCUCAACCACGAUGCACAGGGAAGAGGAUUUCUAGUGUCUAACUACCUUAUGGACAAGGAUGUGGACAGCUACUCUUACCUAAAGAAGGUGUCAGCAGAAAGCCACUUGUACAAUGGCUUCAACCUCCUCACAGCGGAAUUCAAAGCCAAACAAGACAUUAUGUGUUACUAUGGAAACAGAGGCAGCCCUGAACCCAUCCAUCUAAAACCAGCAGGAAUCUAUGGCUUGAGUAAUUCGCUGCUGGACACUCCAUGGAGGAAACUGCUGCAAGGCAAAAGCCACUUCACCAGCGUAGUCAGCGACCAGUCCCUGUCCUCUGAUGGACUUGUGCAAGAGCUGCUCAACGUCCUCAAUAAUGAUGAGCUGAACACACCUGAUCCAGUUCAUGAGAGCCAGGGUGAUGGUUACAGCAAGCCCCAGAUCCAGGCUCAGUCCGCAGUGUUUGUUCGCACCCCACAUUAUGGCACAAGGACCAAUACAAUUAUCCUGAUAGACGCAGAAGGUAAUGUGACCUUCACAGAGCGCACCAUGCUCAACUGUGACUCAAGCAACUGGAGCACCAGUUCUUUCCAGUUCAAACUGCAGGUGUGAAGAAAUGAUAGAGGGGAACCCACUCUGUGCCUUUCUGCAUCACUUUUCCUUCCGUCAUAAGCUGCACCAUAGCAGCCAUGUGAACAUGAAGACUCGUCUGCACUUUUUCUUCAGCUAGUUGAUACUAGCUGCCUCAAUAACAUCAGUGAUAUGUAUUUCUUACUUUUGAUUUCAGUUGAUAUGCAUCUUUUGUGUGCUAAAAUGUGUGCUAAUUUAAGAUUGCCAAAGAACAUUUUUGUAAAGGAAAAUAUUUUACCUACACACAAAACAGCAGGGUUGGGUCUAAAACAUAACAGAUUAAUGGUAACCUGCAAUCAAUACCGUAGUGCACAAGAUUAUUUAUUAUUAAAUAAACACUAAACACACAAUUUCUGGACUAGAAUCUAAAUUAUUUUCUGUUUAUUUAAUGGGAAAUCCUCGGGUCAUCAGAAUAUUUCUAGAGAAUGUAUAAUCUGAUUUGAAUUUACAGUAAUUGUCAAACAUUAGAGUUAUAACUAAGUUAUAACUAUAAAUGAGGUUGGACUACUGUAACGCUGUUGCAGGUUCUUAGUUAUGCCCCAACACUGCACAAGAGUAGCCUCGGUUUUGGUUACAACACAUGUUGAAUGCAAACUGUUUUAGGCAAGGGUUCUCUGACCACUUCAAGGGUUAAGAAAAAAAAGAAUGCAUUUUACAGCCGUUUGACAAUAAAAUACAUUUAUCAAAACACUCUCUUGGCUUUACAUCCAUUGAUUGUUGACACAAUCACACUGUGAGGAACACUUUUGUUAAGUAAUUAAACAUGUUCGUGCAACUGUUAGGUGAUUUCUGCAUUUAAUCUUUUAAAAAAGACAACUGGUUCUUCCUUGUACCGUUUGUAUUUUACGCUUAUUUCCUGUGUUCCUGACAUUUAUCCACACGUUACUCAUACAUGUCUCUGGACGCUAAUUAGAAGGGGAAAAUAUUUACACUUACUAACCUAAAGCAAGCUGUUAAGUGGUUUUAAAAACUCAAACUGGAGAAGGCUUUGUGCAGAUAUGUAAAUUAUUUUAUCAAUUUACAGUAGCUCUCCAUACUUCCUGGAGGGAUAUUUUCACUAUCUUGUGUGAAGAGGAUUAUUUCGGUGAGGUAACUCACUCAGAGGAACCCACAAAUAAUAUAACUUGAUUUUUUUUUUUAUGUCAUUUGAUUUACUGUCAGAUUUUGAGCUUCCGCAUGGCCAUAGGGCUUUCUCGGGUAGUGUACAGCAGACUUUAUACGCCUCAAAAUGCUAUGGGCCUUUUUUUCACACGUAUAACAUUAGGAAAUGUACACUU